AUGAAUGUGCUGGCACACAGAAUCCAGAGCAGCAGCAUCAUGGAGAGGAUCCUGCUGUGUGUCUGCUGUUUCUCAGGGUGGCUCACCUCCACCUGCCUUCCCUGUCAGUAUCACUAUGUUGCUGAUGCAAAGACCUGGACUGCAGCUCAGUCCUACUGCAGACAGACACACACAGACCUGGCCACCGUGGAGAACAGUGAUGAAGUGAAGCAGCUUAACAGCACAGCUUCUUCUGCUGCUAACAGCUCUAAGGUCUGGAUCGGUCUGUACAGUCAGAUCAGCUGGAAGUGGUCAGAUGGGUUCACAGGGAGCGGAGCUGACUACAGGAACUGGGACACCUCUGAACAUGAGCCAGAUUUUUACUCAGGGGUUCAGUUCUGUGUGUCCUCUUCAGAAGGAAAGUGGUGGGAUUAUGACUGCAGCGUGAAACUCAAAUUUAUCUGCUACACAGGAACACAGAGGAACCCCGAGUUUCAUUUGGUGGAUAAAAACAUGAGCUGGUCCGAUGCUCAGAAGUACUGCAGGGAGAACUUCUUGGACCUGGCCACUGUGACGAACCAUGGAGAGAACCAACAAGUCCAGGAAAAGGCUCAGAAGGAAAUGGCAUGGAUCGGCCUGCACAGAGAUCCAAACAUUUACUGGUCUGAUGGGAGCAAGCACUCCUUCACAAACUGGGCCAUACAGAGGCAGGCAGUGAAGAUGACGGUAAAGCUGGAGAACUCUUCUGUGGAUCUGAAUGACCCUGCUGUGAAAGCAUACCUCCUGGAAAAGCUGAAGGAGCAGCUGAAGGCGGGAGGACUGGAUGGAGUCACGGUGAAGUGGAGAGAGCAGCCUGAUGGGAAGGUGUUUGAUGGACACAGGAAAAGAGAGUAG